AUGCAACGAUCCAGUAUGAUGAAAACUCAUACUUACAGCAAAAAGCAGAUGGAGCAAAAGCCUAAUCCCUCUGUCGCGUCCACCUCGCCAUCCACCUACGGCAUGCCAACGCCCUCCAACAGCAACACUGCUACUCGAUUAGCCCAAAUUGACGAAAUGAAGUAUUUCUUUGCCACUGCAACGCAACAUUGGGAGCACAACAAAUCUUUAAAACGUUUUGCAUUACCUGGAGGUUCAGGCUCAGGAGCAGCAGCAGGAGCAGCACCCGGCGGAGCACCGCCCAACGGCACUGGAGAGAGCAUUUCGUGUGUGCUAUGGAAUGACUUGUUCUUUAUUACAGGAACGGAUAUUGUACGCUCGCUCACAUUUCGCUUCCAUGCAUUUGGUAGGCCGGUUACCAAUGCAAAGAAAUUUGAAGAGGGCAUAUUUUCUGAUUUGCGCAACUUAAAACCUGGUCAUGAUGCUCGAUUGGAAGAACCCAAAUCUGAAUUACUGGACAUGCUGUAUAAGAACAAUUGCAUCCGCACGCAAAAGAAGCAAAAGGUUUUUUAUUGGUUUUCUGUGCCUCAUGAUCGCCUUUUCCUUGAUGCUCUUGAACGUGAUCUCAAGCGCGAAAAGAUGGGUAUGGAGCCUACUACCCAGGCCGUAGCUGAACCUGCAGCUUCUUUAUCUCUCGAUUCUACGCAGGAGCUGUUCGAUCAGCUGAGAAAGAGUAUAUCACAGUCGGCUGCUGCCACCGCUCAGGCUAUUGAAAACGACUUGUCUGCCUCCAAUUCGGCUUUGAGCACACCCGUACCCAACAGCAGCUUGUCGCUCAAUUCAAUCCAUCAGCAUCAUUCGAGCUAUCUGGACACGGAUCCACAUUGGCCUACUUCGCCCACACCCAGCUCAACUGCAAAUCACACACCAUGGUCCUCUUCCCAAUCCAGAUUGGAACGUGCUGCUUCUCAAGCCAAGAGACCGCGUGUCAACUCUGUGCCUGCAAGUAUUGGCCAAAAGCAGCAGAUGCAAUUGCUUCAGCAGCAGCAAAAGAGCCACCGUUUAAGCUAUGGCUCCUACUUUGCCGGCAGCCCCAUUAGCACCAGCAGCACAGCAUCUCGUCGCAACGGCCGUCGCAUCUCAAGCACAUCCUCUUCCAUGCUGUCUUCUCCCACUACAACAGCCGAUGACUUGCUCUUCCGUGAUGAUGCCAGCAACAGCACAGCAACGCAUGCUACAGUCGACAUGUCUCUCAAGCCCUCCAAUUCGUAUCGUCACCACCCUGAUUAUAUCAUGGAUCCCAUUUCCAACGGAGUCAAUCAAUUAGAAAUCACGCCCUCUUUGUCCAACACGAGUCAUAGUACUAGCACAAGUAGCAGCAUGUUGCAGCACAAUAAAAACAGCAGCAGCAGCGUCGUGUUGCCAUCCAAAUCACUUGACUCGAAUGCUAUGAAAAAGACUAAAACUAUUUUUGGCAAUUUGAGCUUGUUUGAUGGCUCUCCAACCUACAAGCAACGUAGACGUCGUGCUGCAUCCGUCUCUUCAUCCGUCUUGAAUCAGCCUCAUCCCUUACAUAUCACUGCAGGUGGCCCUGAACGUGUUGUUCGUCGUCAUGACAAGUGCCAUCUUCGUACGCCCAGCAGUGCUACUGCUAGUAACCAGAAUUCGUCCUCGUAUGCAUCGUCGCACUUGCCGUCCAAUAUGGUAAAUAGUAAUAGUAGCAGGUUAGCCAUGGCAGCUGUCAAGGCGGGAUUUGCCCCAAACCAAAUCAUCGCGACGCCUGCUGCUCCUCUGCCUCCUCCCAUGCCCAUGAUGACUGCAAACCACUCCCACGGCUGGCGUCCAUCUACCACAACGGCCAUUGCUCAGCAGCAGCAACAGCAAGACUACCAUUGUCCUAUGCCUGAUUGCAGGCAUUUGUUCAAACGGCCCGAGCAUCUAGAGCGUCAUAUGCAGUCGUUACACAUGUUUAUUUGCACUGUGUGUGGCAAGCACUUUCCUCGAUCUGACCAUCUGGCUCAGCAUCACCGCCUUGAACACGAAAUUCAGCAGUACGAUCAUGUCUCUUCCUUGAGCGGUAGAGGCGACAACAACAAUGACGAUGACUCGUCUUCUCCAGACGACUAUCAACGCAAUUUCAUGUUUAAUACAGCCUACGGCACAAGGCAGCAAAAUCAGCAUCAGCAGCAUCAGCAACAGCAAAUGCUCAAUCACAAUCAACAGCCUCAGGACACUGGGUUUUACUCCAACUCUUCUCGCCAUUCAUUCGAUGAUGCUCGCUCCUCUGGCUGGUCUACUGCUCUUUCUGCUGGUGGCAGUGGAAGUAUGAGCAGCAGCCACAACAGCAGUCGAUGCAGCACGCUGAGUCCCAUGCUUGAUCUUGAUUUUGAUAUGCCUGAUAUUCAACCGCCCACCGCUACCACCGAUACCGCUAUUCAGCCCAACCUCGAUGCAGUAAACACGCCCAUGAGCUCCAGUCGCAGUAAUACUUCACUAACUACCACGGAAUCCUCCAGUAUCAUUCUGAAUGGCAGACAGCAGCAACUGUUUAAUGCAUCGUAUUAUCCUGAGCCAUCUACUAUCGAGGACGAGCCCAAUUGGAGUUCCAAUGGUGUGACAAAUGCUGCUGCUGCUGCUGCUGCUGCUGCUGCUGCUUCGGCAAUGCGAAAGAGCUCAUCUUCCUUGGAGGAUGACUUUAGCUCAUCAUCUGCCUCUUCACCUAGCUCCACAUUGCAAUACACAGGUGACCCAUUCAACAACAAGGUGGGUGUAAACUAUGCCUCGUCUUCUUCGUCCAAUCUGAACCAUCUGCCAAUGACGCUAUUAUCGCCAUUCAAACCGACUCAAUUGCAACAGCAACAGCAACAGCAGCAACAGCAGCAGCAGCAGCAGCAACAACAACAACAGUUACAAGACGAGCAUCAUUUAUUGCAAACGACCCACCUGAGCGAGCCAUAUUCCAACUACGCCCACCAUCAUCAGCAGUUUGACGUUAACAUGGACAGCAUGUUUGCGAACAACAGCCCCAACUCCAAUCCUAUGAAUGAGAAUAGCCCUGCGAACAAUUAUCAGUCUAUUUAUGCACCCUAUGUUGAUCAGCAAUACUCUCCUUUUAUAACAUCACCUGAUAAUAUGAACAUCGUUUUUGGCGCCUAA